AUGCUGUCGCCGCCGAAACAGUUGUCUAAGUUCUUCAAUUACCAUACUUUAAUCGCGCUCUGCUUAAUAGCGCUGUUCUAUCAUUUCUUUUCCAUACAAGGCCGCUUCAUCGCCCGUGCGCCGGGAGCUUCCGCUGUCAUCAGUAGUGGCAUCCCCAAACUUAUUUGGUACAAGCUGGGCCCCAAUGGUCUCUCAGAAGAGACACGAAACUGGACCGCCAGCUGUAUUAACAAUAAUCCCGGAUACAAAGCGCACUUUUUAACGGACGACGACGGCGACGACUACGUCCGCAAGACCUUCUCGGAAUCGCGCCCAGACAUCGUCGAAAGUUACCUCGCACUACCCGUUCCCAUCUACAAAGCCGACUUUCUGCGCUACGUAUUACUAUGGAACGAAGGCGGAAUUUGGUCUGACCUAGACGUUUCAUGCGAAGAAAAUGUACAAAUCGACAAAUGGGUGCCGGAGAUAUACAAAGACAAGGCAAACCUCGUGGUGGGGUGGGAAUUCGACCAAGGAUGGCCGGGCCAAUACGUCCGGCAGUUCGCUAGCUGGACUAUAAUGGCUGCACCACGAUCAGCGCACAUGAUGCAGGUCAUUGACGAUAUCCUUCAGACAUUGCAUGAGAAGACAGCCGAACACAACGUCGGAAUCGAAAGCGCUACAUUAGACAUUAUGGGCGAUGUCGUUGAUUUCACGGGUCCACGACGCUUGACGCGCAGUGUAUACACAAGCUUGGGCAACCAGCUUAAUAGAACCAUUGACGCGCGCGAUAUGAUGGAGCUUGUGCGACCGAAGCUGAUCGGUGAUGUUCUGGUUAUGCCAGGUCGUUCGUUCGCAGCGUCCGCCAACAACUACAAACCAGAAGAAGAGCAACUCCUACCGCCACAGCUGGUGACCCACCAUUACGCCGGCACUUGGAAGAACAAGGAAGGGGGUGAAAAAAGGAAGGAUACGCCUUGA